UGCUUUCCUCUGAGUAUGAAGUAUCCGUUCAAUCUGUUUCCAACACUCGCUGAUGUUGAAUUCAUUUACUGCCCUGUACUUGGGGCAAUUGGAGUGCCCAUUAACUUGAUGGCAAUCAUAAUCCUAUCUCGCAGAACCUGUGGACUCUCCAAAUGUGUCAAUCGCUACUUGGUGGCGAUGGCUGCGGCAGAUCUUCUGGUUGUCUUCACCGAUGUAAUGUUGAGAUGGUUUACCAUUUACUUUCCAAUUUCUUUCCUGGAUAUUACUUUUGUAUGUAGUUUGAUAGAAGUACUGAUGUUUGCCACCACAGUGUGUUCAGUAUGGCUGACAGUUGCUUUUACCUUUGAUCGAUUCGUGGCUCUUUGUUGUAAGAAGCUAAGAACAAAAUACUGCACUGAGAAAACAGCACUCGUGGUUGUUGCAACAGUGAGUGUGUUGGGCUGUUUGGAAAGCAUUCCCUGGUUCUUCAAAUACAGAGCUAAAUACACCUUCAAUAACCUGGAGUGGUUUUGCAUCAAAAAAGCAGAUUAUUACACUUCAAUCUUCUGGACUGUGUAUGUACUUCUCCAUCGCUUUUUAACUCCGUUAGUCCCAUUUCUUCUGAUCGUUCUGUUUAACAUCCUGACAGUCAGACACAUCUUCAUGGCCAGUAAAGCCCGAAGGAGACUCUGGAUGGAAACUGAGAGGGAGGGUCCUGGUGACCCAGAGAUGGAAAGGCGCAGAAAGUCCAUCAUUUUACUCUUUUCUAUCUCAGGCAGUUUUAUCCUGUUAUGGAUGACCAAUGUUACAUGUUUCAUCCAUCAGCGAAUUGCAUUUGUGUAUGGUUCAUCUCCACCUUCACCCACUAUGGGUACCAUUGGAUACCUGCUCCAGCUCCUCAGUACCUGCACAAACACUUGCAUCUACACAGUGACCCAGAGUCAGUUCCGAGAGCAGUUAAAAACAGUUGUCAAAUAUCCUUUCAGUUUGAUUCGCAGAGCUAUCAAACUAUGA